AUGACUUCGACUAACACGGAGGGAAUGACGAUCAAGUUUGGGCCCUUUGAGGUCACGAAGCAGGUCUUCCUGACAACACCUCACUCUUACGGCCUCGUCAACCUCAAGCCCCUCCUCCCAGGCCACAUCCUCAUCUGCCCGCUCAAGCCUCACGCCCGCCUCCUGGACCUCUCGCCCGCCGAAACAGCCGACCUCUUCGCCACCGUCCAGCUCGCCCAGAAGCUCCUCGCGCGGCUCUACUUCCCGGACCCCUCGGACCCCACGUCCGGCAGCUUCACCGUCGCCCUGCAGGACGGCGCCGAGGCGGGACAGACGAUCCCCCAUGUGCACGUCCACGUGAUCCCGCGCGUCAAGGGCGACAUGGGCGAGGAGCCCAUGGACGAGAUCUACGUGCACCUCUCGAGCGAAAAGGCCAACGUGGGCGGCGCGCUGUGGGAUCGCGAGCAGGCGCAGAGGCCUCGGCCGGGGGGGAAGAUGCCGAGGAUCGAGGACGCGGAGCGGAAUGCCAAGACGAUGGAGGAGAUGGUUGAGGAGGCGGAGCGGUAUAAGGCGGCGCUGGGGGAGAUGGGUGUUGGGAACUCUGCGAGAGGAGGGGAGCGGCUGUGA